GGAUGUAUACACCGUAGAAGGUAUUUUACCUACAUUUUGUAUAUCUUUUGCGCAACCAAGCGUACUAGGCAAGAUUUUGUGUUGGCGAAAAAAGACGCCAUAUUAGAUUUCGUACUCUCACUUUCGGAUAUAAAACACAGAUUUUGAGUGAGUUUCUACAAUAAAUACAAGUGACAGAGAGCUUAAAAAACAUGGUUGCGGGACUUUUGGGGGCUGUGCCCUCGUUUAAGAAGCUCAGUUCGAGCCGAAGCGAUGAUUGGAUAGACCGAAUGAGCCAUAUAUACAGUGUGUUCUUACUAGUCAUAUUUGCCGUGUUGGUCAGCACAGGUCAAUUUGUGGGUGACCCUAUUCAUUGUUGGUGCCCCGCACAGUUCACGGGAGCAUUUGAAGCUUACACUAAAAACUACUGCUGGAUUAAAAACACGUACUAUAUUCCUAUGAUGGAAACAAUACCUAUAGAUAUACAUAAACGUCAGGAAGCAGAGAUCACCUAUUACCAGUGGGUCCCUCUUAUCCUUUUGUUCCAAGCAUUCCUCUUCAAAUUCCCCAACGUUUUGUGGAAGAUGCUCAACGGAGGAUCCGGCCUUAACCUUGACAAGAUUUGCAAGCUUGCCGAUGAGACUCAGUGGGGAUCACCAGACGACAGGAAAGGUGCCAUUGAAAACAUGAGCUUCUUUUUGGACCGUUGGUUGUUGACACACCGACAGUACAAACACAACUUCGUUGCACGCGCCAAGGCCAAGGCUUCCCGUAUCUUUUGUUUCUUAUGCAACAAGAGAGAGGGCACUUUCCUAACAGCAUUAUACCUGUGCAUCAAAGUUUUAUUCCUGGCAAACGUUAUUGGACAGUUUUUCCUUCUUAACGCUUUCAUGGCAACUGACUAUAACAUGUACGGAUUUGAAUAUAUAAAGAUGCUGAAUUCUGGAGAGAGCAUGAGAGAAAGCCCACGAUUUCCCCGGGUAACCCUCUGCGACUUCAGAAUCCGACAACUUCAAAACAUACAGAGAUGGACUGUUCAAUGUGUAUUACCUAUCAAUCUUUUCAACGAGAAAAUCUUCAUCUUUCUCUGGUUUUGGUUUUUCUUCAUCGCUUUCCUCUGUGGAUUUAAUCUCGUCAAGUGGAUGUUUUUGAUCGUUUUGAAGAGGAACAAUUACCAGUAUGUGAAGAAAUAUCUGACUAUAACAGACCAUAUGCAGACGGCGUCGGAUAAAAAACUCUGCCGACGAUUUGCCGACCAAUAUCUUAGAGAUGAUGGUUGCUUCGUGGCGAGAAUGAUUGGCAUGAACUCGACUGAUAUGGUGAUCACAGAUCUAUUGGACUGUAUGUGGAGAAAUUACAGGCUCCGGGAAGAGCCAAGACAGCCGGAAUACCCGGAGGAUGAGGAGUCCAAGUUGAUGGACAAGGAGAAAGAUACGUCACCAUUGGACUUUAGAGGAAACAAUGUACAGUGAUCGAACUGUAUGACUGACAAUUAAAAACUGAAAAAACAUUAUUCAGUGAUGAAAAUUGACCCAGCCUUACUUGCGUAGACUAUAUUCACUAUAAAAGCUUUGACUACUGAAGUUGAUACUAAUGUGUUCGGGUUUAGGUAAAUAAAUAAUUAAGAUAUUUCAAGUGGCAUUAAGAAUUAAUCUGUCGGUACAUUUUUCUAAAUUCCUGCUCACUUUUUUUUUCAUUCUGAUAUGUCUUAGUGAAAAAUGAUCAAUCAAUUUUAAUGAAACUAUUUAGAAAUGUUAGUGAUUGGACUGGUACGACUUUGGAUACAGCAGGUCAUGAUAAGGUUGUGAUUCGGAUUCAACAGAAACUUGACUUAGUAAAUAGGCAAAGUUUUUACGGCUUGGAGUAAGGAAACGGGAUUAUAGAAAGGCAAGAAAAGACUGGAGUCAUUGCGCAAUACACAUGGAAUAGAUGUUGGGCUAUAAAAAGAACAAAAUGUAAAACCUGUUUCAUGUUUUGUAUCAUUACGUCAUUAUGUUUUAGUCAAACUUUUAUUAUUUUUGUCUCAUUCAUUUUAAAGUAGUCUUUUUAUUACCGAUGAAAUGUCUUUACACGAUUUAUACGCUAUAAUUUUCAUCACAUCAUGCGUUAUUGCAGACGUCAAUAUCUAUGAUGUCAUAGUCGACGUUACUUUUCUGAUGACGUAAUUGUAAACGUCACUUUUCGGUUAAUGCUAUGAUAGAUAAAAGUAAGUUACCACAACAUUAUAACUUACAAUUUUAUGCCUAUAAAUUACCAGUUGUUAUCAAGAAAUAUGUCUAUAAAUUACUGCAAAAUGUGCAUGCCGAAAAACAUGCAAAAACUAAAAGGAUUAGGAUGUGACUGAUGGGAAAAAGAAUUUUGUGAUAUAACUGAUAAAAUGCCAGUAAAAGUGUUGACUUGUUGUAAUUAUUUCAAGCGUAUGCAAGGCUAGUGAUGUGUAUGAAGUUAUGUUUUACAAUUCCUUUGAAGUUGUUUUUCGCUCUAUUAGCAUAAACUAAAACAUGGCCUGGUCACGUUCAGACUUGGCUUUUGAUAUUUAAUCGUGCUAUGCAAGAAUCUAAAGAAUUUGAAUACUGAAUGACAUAGAACUUUUCCUUCAAUCAACAAUUUAACAUGACCUGUUACAUGAGGUACAUCCAGUGUCAAGGUCAUGUCUGUUUGAAUCGGGAGCAAAAACUACUUUAAUGAACGACUUCAUAUAAGGCAGAAAUCACACAGCGAAUAUAUAAAGUGAAAAUUUCUGAAAAGAAGGGUUAUUUUUACACUGCCAAACUACGUUUGACCAGACUAUGUUUUAGAGGAUGUAAUGGCAAGUCUUCCAGAUAUGUAUAUUUUGUACUGUUUAUAUUUCCAAACUCAAGAAUAAAUGGUGCUGUAUUUUCAAAUUUUUCAAAAGACUUUUUAUUUAUUAUUUUAAACCGAACCAAUCGAGCUCAGUUAUAACUGCUUUAUGUAAAACAGAAUUUGGGACCAGUGUCUUAGCCAUUCCUAUAUUAAACGCUUUCUAGAUGUUGUCAUUAUAUUCAUAAAAAAAUAUUUCAUACAGUAGCUUCGUUUGGCCAUUUCGAACAACGACUGAAGUUGAUAUUACAUGCCUCUCAUAUUGUAAAUAAUCAUAUAAAUACUUGAAUUUGUUUUUUAGUGUCGGAUGUAAAUAUCGCUUCAUGUUAAACGUUAGAUACAUCAUUAGUAUGUUAUUCAGGUUCGGCAAAUUGUUUUGUUUGUGCAAGCAUUUUUGUCACAGUAGUUGUUUUCAUUAAACAGGGGAUAAUGUUGUGACAGAAUGUGUAUUGCUGAAAGGUUAUUUUAUGUGAGAAAAAAUCACUUUUGAACAGGUGUUCAGUUUUUACAUACGCUGCAAUUGCCAUGAUUGUAAAAGUAUUUUCAUUAUCAUUACUGUUCAAAUACGAUGUGGGCGUGUAAUAAAGGAGAGAGAUAUCGUUUGACAGGUCACUAUAAAUUCAGUACAUAGUUUUCAUAUAUGUCAGCCUUAAUUUUUACGACACCCCAGCCUAGUUUUUAUGAACACAUAAAAUUAUUAGCUUUUAAAUGUAUUAUAUAACCUGCCCUUAAGGCCCUUAAAUGCUUCAAAUUAAAAGAAAGUACUUCAAGUUAUGCAAGCAAGCAUCUAGCAAGUUUAAAUAAACUGAGAAGAAAACGAAUCACUUUUUCAUAAAUAAAUUUGCUGUGUAAAUACCCCUAAAAGGCGUGACUUCAUUUUAUCACCCAGCAUUGUAUUAAAAGGGUUGAAUAUUCUCCGCUUUUUGCAGAUUUAUCUCUUCAUUAUGUAUAUGUAUGAGUGCAUGUCUGAAAAAUUUGAAUAUGUGUUCAGAAGGCACACAUUAACGCAAGCGCAAUAUGUGUUACAAUUUCUGUUUAUGUAAUGUGUAUCAUUUUUAUGCAUGUAUAUUCAUUCUACAACAUUCAUUGAUAACUACAAUUAUUAAGUACAUAUUGUUUCAAGUGUUACUUGAUGAUUUUGAGUCAGUGGAGUGGAGUUAUUUCUUAGUUACUUGCCAUAGAGGUUUUUGGUAAAAGUUUGUAUUUUAAAAAGUGUAUUUUAGUUUUUAAGUUGCUUUUUUUUAGGUUUCAUUAAAUUUUUACUGGCUUUAUUGUUCGACCUUGAGAUUUGAGUUGAUGAAAUGUUAACUGAUGCAACAUCGCAGAUCGUUUACACUUCAUUUAGUUUUGUUAUUUAAUGAAACUACCUACGGUUUAAAUUUAAGAACGUUUGCCCUGUAUUUAAUGCAAUACACAGACAUCAAAAGUAAUGGAUGGUUGGAUGUGGAAAAAAAAAGUUAUAUCUGAAACGGUUUUGAUUUUAAAUUUUAGAACACGGUAUUUUUGUGCCAGUUGAAAUUUAUUUAGAUUUUAAUAAUCUAUAUAUAUGCAUAGGUGUAGAAAUAUUGAUAUUAUUGUGUAGUUAAAUUUUUCAUUGAUUGUAAUUUAUAUACCUUUUCAAUAUGAUACCAGUAAGUUUUUUUAUUGCCUUUUCGAUUUGCUAUGGCAAAGUAACUUUGGCAAAGCCGCUAGUGCCUUGUUUUAUGUUAAUAUUAAUUUUAUUUUUUUUUGUCUAGUUUUAUCGCAGUAAGUUUAAUCCCUUGAUUUUAAAGUUUCAUUUUUAAGUAUUUAUAAGCAUUUUUAAUUAUACUUGUUAAGUUAAAUGUGCUAGAUAAUUUAUUCCGAAACAAACAAAAAUGGCUACAUAGCUCAUUGCAACUUUAAAGCACAUAUCACGUGGGGUUGAUGUAUAAAAUGUAUAUAGUUAGCAUGGACAUUUUUGAUAAUACUUUGUGUUAAUGAUGAAGAAAAGAAAAAUAUAAUAAAAGAAAGCCAUAAAUUGAA